AUGGCACCAAAAAAAUGUACUAUUGCAUGUGUAUUUUGUUUGAGUACGCAAUACAAAAAUCCAAGCAUCUCUUUACACUCGUUCCCCAAAGAUCAAUCCCGGCGAUCUUUGUGGCUUACAGCUUGUGGUUUAACUGAAGAUGAUUAUAAGCCUUCUAGAAAACUAUGUUCACAACAUUUCGACCAAGAUUGCUUUAAAACUGGGACUACUUUGAACAUUUUAAAACCGAAUUCAGUUCCCACAAAGUUUAACAAACAUUCAAAAGAAUUUUUUAUAUCAACGAGCUCUCGUAAGAAUAUGCCAGAGAUGUCUUCUCCCGAGGUGAUUUAUCAAAUUGACGAUCAGGCUGUUUCAACUGUGAAAUUUGAAACCGUUUCAAACUAUGAAAUAGAAACCGUUUCAAACUGUGAAAUUGAAACUGCUUACAACUGUGAAAUGGAAACCGCUUACAACUGUGAAAUGGAAACCGUUUCAAACUAUGAAAUGGAAACUGUUUCAAACUAUGAAAUAGAAUCCGUUUCAAACUGUGAAAUGGAAACCGCUUACAACUGUGAAACUUCCCAAAUGUAUGAUACUCCUAAACGAAAGCGAAAGCCACGUAAGUAUUAUGUAGGUGAUGUAACUACGCCGGACUUGGCCACUCCAAGGAAAGCCAAACGGAAUUUCCUUAAGGCUCAAUACAAAAUAAUUGAACAACGAAACAAAAUUAAAUAUUUAAAUUUGAAAGUAAGCAGGCUCCGCAAAAGACUGUCGUCUAUGGCUGAAUUAUUGAAUCAUUUGAAAAAAAAAAAUUUUCUAACUGAACAAGCUCAUGACACAAUUUUGGUAAAUUUAAUUUCAAUUGAUAUGAAUGUUAAUUGCUUAUGUUGUGAUAAAUGUUUUAAUGGCAGUUGGGUAACCGACAGAGAUAAGGCGAUUUUUUUUUCCGAUCCUCAUUUUAUUAUAUUUGAGCCGUCCGCGGAAUUCCUCGAUUCGGGUGUACGUCACUCGACGGCUAGCCCUUGGAACGCGAGCAUCGAAAUCGAUCGCUGUGCACACGUGAUGAAUGCAAUUGUCGCGGACGGUUCCGAACAGACGACUAAUCUGCUGCCACUGUUACCAUCGGCUGCAAGACCGAGAAGCCGUGGUCGUCGGCCCACUGGCCGAAAUCUAGCAAGUUAG